AUGGCCCGGGGAGGGGUGCCCCCCGCCUCAGCGCCUGGCACAGAGCCCCUGCCCCGGCGCGCCUUGCGGAAGCUGCUGCUGGUCCUCGGCUCGCUCCUCAUGUCUCUCUAUGCCAGUUACUGCCUGGCCGGGUCUGCGCGCGUCCUCACCAGGGAGCCGGCCCGGAUCCCGCUCGCGCCAGGCGAAGAGGGCGCCGCCACGCCCCGCGAUCCUUCGCCGCAGCCCCAGGCGGCGGGAGAGGGCACCAAGCGGCUGCCGCAGGCGGUGAUCAUCGGCGUGAAGAAGGGCGGCACGAGGGCGCUGCUCGAGUUCUUGCGGGUCCACCCGGACGUGAGGGCGGCGGGGGCCGAGCCGCACUUCUUCGAUCGGAACUAUGGCCGGGGACUCGCCUGGUACAGGGAUUUGAUGCCAAGAACUCUUGAUGGGCAGAUCACCAUGGAGAAAACUCCCAGCUACUUUGUCACCAAGGAAGCCCCGGCUCGCAUCUCUGCCAUGUCGAAGGGCACCAAGCUCAUUGUGGUGGUGAGAGAUCCGGUCACCAGAGCCAUUUCUGACUACACACAAACUCUGUCCAAGAAGCCUGACAUCCCCACCUUUGAGAGCCUGACCUUCAAAAACAGGACUACGGGCCUCAUUGAUACUUCCUGGAGUGCCAUCCAGAUUGGCAUUUACGCCAAGCACCUGGAAAACUGGCUCCUGUACUUCCCCAUUGGGCAGAUCCUCUUUGUCAGUGGGGAGAGGCUUAUCAGUGAUCCAGCUGGUGAGUUAGGCCGAGUCCAGGACUUUCUGGGCCUCAAGAGGAUCAUCACGGACAAACACUUCUACUUCAACAAAACCAAGGGUUUCCCAUGCCUGAAAAAGGCUGAAGGCAGCAGCAAGCCCCACUGCUUGGGCAAAACCAAGGGGCGGACCCACCCCAACAUAGACCAGGAAGUGGUUCAGAGGCUGCGGGAAUUCUACAGGCCCUUCAACAUGAAGUUCUACCAGAUGACUGGACAUGACUUUGGCUGGGAUUGAGGCUGGGAAAAAUAAUAAUUUAAACAAAUAAAAAGGAAAAAUAUAUUUUUGUACAUAUCAAUAGAGAGGGGAAAUUAAUAUUUGUGCUAAUGUCUGGUGGUUCCAAUUAAUAUUUUCGUUUUGAUGCACAUAUCAUGGUUUUCUAUUUUUCUUGUUUUGUUAGUCAGGAUUUAUAGUAUCCACUUCCACAAGGCUGUCCGUUGAGAUCUUGCCACUGCGUCCAGUAUGCCUCUUUCCAAUUUUCCAUUUGACAUCUUUGAGGUUUUUAUGAAGUAAUUUGGCACUAUUUGUCUAUUAAUUCUGGGUUCUGUGCCCAGAUUUUUAACAAAAUGGCAUUAGUUGGUCACGUUGGUGACCAAAAUAAUCAGGUUUGGAAGAUAUUUUCCUAGUUCUACUGCUCUGGCAUGACAUGCGGUAUGAGACUCAGAUGGGAUCCAUUUUUAUUUCGUUUUAUUUCAUUCUUUAAUUUGAGAGAGUUUCAUGAUGUGAAUUCAGUAAACAGCUUGAGAGGGGGCUGUUCAAUUUACAAAAUUCUUCACUCCUCUCUUCCCCACCUGACUUCAUAAAGACACUACAGCAUCCACUCCUGGCAUGUACCCUGAUAGUGCCCAGCACAACCAGGAAGAGAAGGGUUCUCUCUAGCCCAAAUAUAGCACUAUCAUUUCCCAAGAUGUAACAACGGUUCUCUGAUUCAUGUACCGAAGCUAAAGCACACCCUUGGGAAUGGGUCAUUAGGCAUUUACUGAAGAGUGGUGUGAGGCCUUGUCCAAACAUAUGACUCCAAACCUAGAUGUUUUCUCAGAGAAGAUCCAAUAUCCAAACUAAUUAAGAUAAAGUAUCUUCAUUAUAGUUUGAAGGGCUUUUCAAAGCCUUAUCCCUCUACCCCCAACGAACCCACCUGUUGUCUCCGUAAAACCUUGUAUUAGCUCAGAUUUCUCUACCCAGAGCCCAGUGACAGCUGGGCUGAGUGGAAGAGUCAACAGUAGGAAGAGAGAAAACAAAGUCAUUUUCUCUGUCAUCUCCCCCACUUAAGCACAAGGGGUCAUGAGGUUACCACUUACUACCUUCAGCCAACCUACUCGGCCUCCUGUCUCUCCUCAGAAUGGCUCAUCUCUAGCCUUAAGCCCUUUCCUGGCAGUGUCUUGUGCCGCAAAACAUCUGGGUAAACAUUUAAUAAUCACCCAAACAAAGAAGGGAAAGUAGUUAAUUGGUCACUUGAGAAUGUAACAUACGACAAUGCUGGCUUGCUCCAGCUCACAGCAGUUCUUCUGUCUGAGAGCCUUCUGAGAGCUUGAUUCAUCCCAAAUACAGUGAUCAGCCAUUGGGGGAAAGUACUUUGUCUGGGGACUCUAAAAGGGAGGGGGACCGUCAGCACUAGCUGUGUUGUUAUACUGCCAUGGGCCCUGAAAUGGAGACUGGUUUACAAUAAGAGGCCACACUGGGUACCAAGUAAUAUUAUGGCCCUCUUUUGACCUGGUUCAUCUCCCACAUCCAAAACUACAGCAGUGGAUCAUUUCCCAUUAUUGGAAAACAACAACAACAUAGAGAUAAUUUAAUAAACUUGAAAGUCUCUGUCACCUUUUAACUAGCUAACAGAUAUUGGUGACAAUUUAGGCCCAUUGUUCCUGAUAAGUAUUUUCAGCUGUCCAUGAAUCUGGAAGGGUGACAACUUGAUCUUAAUCAGGUUGCACAGCUUUGCAAUGUAUGAGAAACAUCUCUAUAUUCUAACUAUAUCCCAGUGUCAUGGUUUGUAAUUGGCCCGGCACAACCGAUGCUCACGGGGACCUGGUAGAACAGUAUGAGGACUAGGCUGCAAUUAGAACUGGAGACUUGGGGUAAUUAUACUUUUGUCUCUGUUAAAAUUUGUUAACACUGCAGGUCUCAAACUGCCGCCCCUCAGCUAUCAUACCUUGGUGUUUCUGUUACAUUUCAAGUUCUAUGGACCAAACUAGAAUUGAAUUUGGCUGACACAUUUCUUUUAAUGUGUCUGCCCUGUUUAAAUAUGAA